AUGUUUGGAGCUAAUGGUGAUAACCAGGAGACGGGAGCCGACUCGAUGGCGGGACGCGUAGAAGUCCAAGCCAACCAAGCAGCGCCAUGGAGUGAGCCAGGCCCCUCGACUGCGGAAGGGUCACAUCGGGCAUUGACCCCAAGGGUCAUUGACCAGCGAGAUGAGCGUCAUUUGCGGUCACCGCUGCCCGGUCCUUCGAGGAUAUCUUUCGUGUCGCUUUAUGAUACGCAGGACACGCCUGAUCAGCGUGGGAGUGUUGGCUCGGCGGCGGGACGCGCUAGCGUUCACGCUGAUCAAGCAAUGCCAAGGAGCCCCAUCACGCCUGUUAUGUCAGAGGUAACGCAACACGGUAUAAGCAGCGCGAACAGUCGCCGGGUUGAAUCACAAACACGCACACUACCGAACGAAAAUACCGCGGAACGCAAUUUCACUAACGGUCAUCGGGAUGAGCCGCCGCAUCAGGCGCCAUCGGGCGAGCACCAAGCGUACUUAGCUGCGAUACCGAUGGAGUCGGCCAUUGCAAUCGAACAAGGUUCGAUUUCCCGAAAUGCCGAAUUGGUUCGGAAAAGGAUUGAGGUUGAAAGAAGGCAGAUUGAGUUGAGGAAGAUGGAGAUUGAGUUGAUUGAGCUCGAAGAGGCUGAAAUGAUGGCACUAGGUGGCAGCAUGCGGGACAGUGUUCAGCGGCCUAAAGCCGAGCAGUGGGUAACGGCAACGGAUCGCUUCGGUAUGGCUUCAUCGUUCAGAGGGGUACCUGAGACACCCCAAUUCGCGAGUACAGCCCACGUACCACCGCCGUAUGAUUUUCAGGGUUACUCACGAUUCCCAGACUACUACACUUGGAGGAGAAGUCACGAUAGCGCGUAUCGUAGGGCAUCGGUUAUCCCGCCGGUGGACCACACCAUACCACCACAGCAUCGUACGCGAUCGUAUAGGGCUCCUACCCAGUACGCUAAUGCUAGCAACCUGUCGGAAGUACAGUGGUCGGCCCGACUGAGUGGAAACGUGACUGAGUUACCAACGUUCAGUGGUGAAUCGCGAGAAUGGCCCAUGUUCAUCCGCAUGUUCGAGAAGUCGACGGAAGUGUACGGGUUUACCGACGAGGAGAAUCUGCUACGGCUGCAACGAGUCCUGAAAGGAGAAGCAAUGGAGUCAGUUGGUCAUUUGCUACUGCUUCCAAAUAGUUUGAAGGAUGUCCUUGAAAUGUUAGAAGCGCAGUACGGGCGACCGGACCAAAUAAUAGAGGCCACGAUCGAAAAGAUUCGGAAGAUGCCCGUGCCAAAGCCAGACUGCCUACGUUCUCUGGCUAAGUUCGGGUUUGCAGUGAGAAACCUCUGUGCUACGAUCGAAUCGCUGAGGUUGCCGGAGUACGCCUAUAACGUUGCGCUUCUCAGGGAGCUUGUGAGUAGGCUUCCGUCCGCACCUGCACGUGAAUGGGCGCGACACAAGAGGCAAUUCGGGUGUGGUAGUGUUACCGAUUUUGGCAGAUGGAUCAGCGAAGUGGCACGAGACGCGAUAGAUGUCAGUGUGGAGCCACUGCGCCGUGUUACGAACGAGCGUAAGGAAGAACCCGGCAAGCGUGAGCAGAAUUCUCAGCAACCGCGUCUGCCUGUUCGGGCUGACCGAUCAGGAAAUCAGCCCCCUCGAACAACAUACUGGAACGUGCACACGUCUCGGUGUUCGGAGUCUCUACCGGUUGCUGCGGCCACCACCAAUACAGCGUCACCACAAUGUCAACUGUGUAAAGGUACGUGCAGCUCACUUUCGCAAUGUAAACGGUUUCUGCACUUUUCAGUAGCAGCUCGAAGGAGCCACGUGAAGGAAAAAGGUCUGUGCAAGAAGUGUCUCGGCAGACAUAGGACCGGCUGCUCGAUUGUAACAGCGUGCGGCGUAAACGGAUGCAACGGAAUGCAUCACGUCCUGUUGCACAUCGCAGCGCCAGAUGAAGAACGCGCUCCAGAGGUUGGUUUGUGCCACACGCAUUCAGGAACCGUAGAUCGCGCUCUUUUAAAAUACGUGCCGAUCAAGGCGUAUGGACCGCGCGGUGAGGUCGAAACAUUUGCCUUUAUGGACGAUGGUUCCUCUUCGACGUUCAUCGAUAGCUCCUUGGUAGAGGAACUGGGGCUAACGGGCACACCUGUGCCGCUUUGUAUCCAGUGGACCGGCGGAGUGACGCGCCAAGAGAACUGUUCCGUGCGCCUUAACCUCGAAGUAUCUGGAAGAAACGGGAGCCGUAAGUACGACCUGAUCAACGCGAGAACGGUAAAAAUGUUGGGGUUACCUACGCAAACGGUGGCGGUUUCUCAGUUGGCUGACCAGUAUUCGCACCUGAGAGGGCUGCCGAUCGCCUCUUACAGCAACGUUCAGCCUCGUAUUCUCAUUGGUGUCGACAAUUGUCGAGUGACCAGACCAUUGAAGACGGCUGAGAGGAGCGAACACGAGCCAGUCGCCUCGAAAACGCGUUUGGGAUGGAUUAUUUACGGCCCGUGUCCGAUAGCGGAGAACGUGCCCGGAGCAGUGUAUAAUAGUUUCCACGUGUGCCUGUGCGACGGAGUGAGUGCGGAGCUGUUGAACACCGAGGUGAAGAAGAUGUUCUCCCUGGACACCAUUGCUGUUGAAAAACCAAUCAGCGUGUGGCGCUCGAAAGAGGACGACAAGGCGAUGGCGAUUCUAGAAAAGGAAACGGUGUUGGUUAGUGAUCAAUAUGAAUCGGGACUGCUGUGGAAAGCGGAAAAUAUUCGACUGCCCUGUAGUAAAGCGAUGGCUUUGAGACGAUACCACUGUCUGAAACGGCGUAUGCAGAAGGAUCCAGUACUGGAUGCAGCGGUACGAGACACGAUACGGAAUUAUGAGAAGAAAGGUUACAUCCGUCGCUUGACGGAAGCUGAAGCGGCUGAACGACAUCCCCGAGACUGGUACCUGCCAGUGUUUCCUGUAACGAAUCCAAAUAAGCCAGGUAAGAUUCGUUUAGUGUUCGAUGCUGCCGCUACCGUUAACGGUAUCAGCCUUAAUAACAAUCUUCUCACCGGACCGGAUCUUACGGCUAACCUGUUGGAAGUGCUGUUCAAAUUCCGGGAGUUUAGCGUGGCUGUGGUCGGAGACAUCCGCGAGAUGUUUCAUCAAGUGUUGAUAAAGCCGGCCGAUCAGCGAAGCCAGAUGAUAUUCUGGGAAGGAGAUGCUGCCAGUGACGAACCCGUCACGUAUGCUGUUGCAGUGAUGACCUUCGGAGCCGCCUGUUCACCGAGCACCGCGCAGUACGUGAAGAAUCACAACGCAGAGCGGUUCGAGUCGGAGUAUCCACGAGCGGUGGAGUGUAUCAGAAACGAACACUACGUCGACGAUAUGCUGUUCAGUGUCGAAACGGAACAGGAAGCGAUUUCUCUGGCGGAACAGGUGCGAUACAUACAUUCUCGGGGUGGAUUCGAGAUACGUAACUGGAUUUCCAAUUCGUCACGAGUCAUGGAACGUGUGCAGACCAUCACUGAAACGGAAAAGAGUUUCAACAUGGGUAACGAGUUCAGUGCGGAAAAGGUGCUUGGUAUGUGGUGGGACACCCUUACGGAUACCUUUUCGUUUCGGCUGUCCAAGAAGUACGAUCAGGGCAUCCUGUCUGGAGGACAACUUCCAACGAAGCGAGUGGUGUUGCGGACGCUAAUGAGCAUUUACGAUCCGAUGGGACUAGUGGGACAGUUCCUUAUGUUCCUGAAAAUGUUGCUGCAGGAAAUUUGGAGAAGUGGUUAUGAUUGGGAUCGUGAAAUCGACGGCCACAUUGCGGAAAAGUGGUUUACCUGGCUGAAAGUAUUGGCGAAAAUUCCGCAAGUGACGAUCCCUAGAUGUUACCGUCGUGUCACCUCUACCAGCGCUAAGAUCGAGCUACAUAUUUUUUGUGAUGCGAGCGAGCACGGCAUGGCUGCCGUGGCUUACUUCAGGUUCGAGGAGGGCGGUGUCAUCGAAUGUGCUCUCGUUGCGUCAAAGACCCGUGUUGCGCCACUAAAUUUUUUAUCAAUUCCCAGACUCGAGUUGCAAGCAGCAGUACUAGGCGCGCGACUGAGCAAGGCGAUCAUCCGAUCACACCGUCUGGAGAUUCAUCGCACCACGUAUUGGACGGACUCAAAAAACGUUGUCAGCUGGCUAAAUUCCGAUCACCGACGCUAUCAUCAAUUUGUCGCCUUUCGGAUCGGAGAGUUGCUUGAGACGACAGACGUGCAACAAUGGCGAUGGCUACCGACGAAGUACAAUGUAGCGGAUGAUGGAACCAAGUGGGUGAAAACCCCCGAUCUGUCACCCGGCAGCCGUUGGUUUCGAGGUCCUUCUUUCCUGUGGGAACCUGAGUGCGAGUGGCCCGCGGCGGUGGAAGCUGUUCACGACACAACUGAAGAGCUUCGGGUAAGCGCGUGCCACCAUCAAACUGUCGACAAGGGUGUCGAAGCAGGUGGGUUCAUCCAGUUUGAGCGAUUCAGCAAGUGGAGAAGGCUUUUACGAGCCGUUGCACAUGCUAUCCGCUUCAUUUCUAACGUCCAGAACAGCAUCCGUGGAACAACGAAACAACUGGGACCCCUGACGCAACCAGAACUGGCCGAAGCAGAACUGAUUGUGUUCAGAUCGAUCCAGCAGGAGAGCUACCCCGAAGAGAUCCGAUGCCUGCGACAAGACGAAAGGAAACACCCGUGGCAGACAGGCAUCAAGAAAGAGAGUCCACUGUUUAAGCUAUCACCCGUCCUUGACGAUAGCGGCGUAAUAGUGAUGGGUGGACGACGCGUCGAAAAAAGAUGGGGUGUCAUCUUCACGUGCCUCACCGUUCGAGCGGUGCACCUAGAGGUAGCGCACACCCUUAGUACCGGAUCGUGUAUCGCUGCUGUUCGCCGAUUCAUCGCCCGGCGCGGCGUUCCCCGCGAGAUCAUCAGCGAUUGCGGGACGAACUUCGUGGGAACAGCACGAGAGCUACGGGACGCGAUUGCCGGUGUGGACCACGAGGCGCUCAUGACAGAGUUCUGCAGUCCGGAACUGAAGUGGACGUUCAAUCCACCGGGAGCACCACACUUCGGAGGCUGCUGGGAGCGUUUGGUGCGAUCGGUGAAGAAGGUGCUUGGACAUCUUAACCUUCCCCGCCGACCGACUGACGAGGUGCUCGAGACUGCGCUGGCUGAGAUCGAGCUGAUCCUAAACUCCCGGCCUCUUACGUACGUUCCGGUAGAUGACGCAACGCAGCAGCCUCUUACGCCAAACCAGAUCCUGCUUGGAACAGCAGACGGAAGCAAGCCACCUGUGGCUUACAGCAGCGGCAGCGAUGCGGUCAACUCGUCCUGGAAAGCAGCACAGCAUAUUGCGGAUCUGUUCUGGAAAGCGUGGGUACGAGAUUAUUUGCCGGUGCUUGGGAAACGAACGAAAUGGUUCGAAGCGGCGGAACCGUUAGGAGUAGGAGAUCUCGUUCUAAUAGUGGAUGAGAACUUACCGCGCAACUGCUGGCCUAAGGGUUUGAUCGAGGAAGCGAUUAAAGGAAAGGACGGCCAGGUGAGACAGGCAGUAGUAAGGACCGCUAAAGGUAUAUAUAAAAGACCUGCUACAAAAAUCGCAAAGCUAGAAACAACUCGUGGUGAUCGGAUUUAG